UGCAGUUCUGGGACUCAAAAUUUAAGAAUGGUGUUGAAGUCCUUGGCUGUGUCCAGAGUUUGGCUUGCCUAGGUUGGAGGAAAGCAGACUGAGGGGUGACCUUAUGGCUCCCUACAGUUUGCUGAAAAGGGUAAGUGGAGUGGGAGAUGCUGAUCUCUACUCCUGGGAUCCAGUGAUAGGAUGCAUGGGAGUUGUUUGAAGCUGCACCAGGGGAGGCUUAGACUGGACAAUAGGAAGCAUUUCUUUACAGAGAAGGUAGUGAAACACCGGAACAAUCUUCUUAGAGAGGUGGCGAAUGCACCAAGCUGUCAGUUUUUAAGAGGCAUUUGGACAAUGCCCUUAAUACCAGGCUUUGACUAGGUCAGCCCCGAACUGGUCAGGCAGUUGGACUGACUAGAUGUUCGUUGUAGGUCCCUUCCACAGGCAAUAGCCUUUUCUACUCUUUUCUAGUCCAUUCCAUUUCUAAAAAAUGCUAACUGUGACAGCUCCAAGAUGGAAAUGCGUAGGUUAUGCUGGUUUUUGCUAAUGGGUACAUUUCUAAGAAAAAUGCUGUGUAUUAUAAAAGUGCCUGAUUAGACUUUAAGACUUGCUAAUUGGUUUGAUGUUUAUGUCCAAAACCAGAUUGUAUUAGUGAUUAUCAUUUUUGUGUAUGGCAUUCUGAUACAGCAAGUAAUACAACUUUGUUACUGUUCAGGGAAAGAGCAUAGAGACUGAGUAUUUGUUGUUUUCUGGGGAAUUUUUCUGUGCCUUUUCUAGUAUGUGAGAAAAUCCAUAGGUAACUGUGGUUAUAGCGCAAAAAAUAGUAGAACUUGAAACCAAACCCUACAGAAGGCAUGGCUAUGUACAGCUAUUUUAGAACCUGUAUUCAUAGCCUCCUGUGUGGAUGACUGUACCUUAAUUACUCAGCAUAGUUACUGGUAGGCCUGAAGCCAGGGACCUUCCUGCUCCAGAGAUGAGGGAUAAGGUUCCCCACGGGCAGCAGACAACAGCCUCCUUUGCAGGUGUGAAGGGAAGUGCUGGUACCUCCCUUUGUGUUGGUAGAGAUCUUCCUUCCCCAUUCUUGUCAGCUUCCUCAUGUAGGAUCUAGUACUCUCUGAGCUGCUCUCGACAAGACUUUGUCAUCAGCUUUUGAAGCGCCUUUUGUUGUUGAUGGUGUUGAUGCUAUUGUUGAUGUUGUUGUGUUCCAACACCAGGUGAAUUUUCUUGUGGAAAUGGUGUUUUGAAUUUUUCUUGAUUGCCGUGUUUGGGGCCCUUACCAAACAGCUUUAAUGGGAUAAUUGGGUGCUCUACAAACUAAUGAGGGGCGAAUGAUUUUACGUGCUGCACCAAAUAACCAGGAGGCAGACAAAGACGGAUCGCGCGUUUCAGGCCGGCUUGGCCCUCGCAGCCGCCUCUCGCUGCCGGGGAGCCGGAGGCGCUGCUUAUGCUGAUAGCCGGGGAGGCCGGCAGGGGUAGGGGCUGUGGAGGCGGGCUAGGGCUAGACAAGCACGCCGAGCUCUCCCCGGCCUCCCCCUGUCGAUGGCGCUGCCCCUGCCCCUCAGCGGUGAAGAGCGGCGGGGGCCGCCGUGGCCGACGAAAUCGGUGCCGCUCCGGCGGCCGGGCCGAAGCCGCUGCCCCCCCUUUCCGCCCCGGUUAUGAAACCGCGGGGGAGGGGCCAGUGCCGGCCGCCGGCCGCGGCGGCGCCGGGAGAGCCGAGGCCGCGGGAGCGCAGUGGUCAGACAGAAUGGCUCCAGUGAACCAGUCAAAGGACAAGAAGCGUGAGAGGACAUGUCAGCAAUGGCCAGAAGAGGCAAAAUCAGCUGGGAAGAGGAAACGGGACUAUGGAGAACGAGGGAAUGAGAAACAAGAAAAGAAGUUGUUUGUGAGAAAAACAUCUAAACCCACAGGGAAAAUUGGUUGCAGUGGAGGUGGAUUUGUGAUGAGAAACAAGAGAGUCCUUUCCUCUCAGCUGGAGCGGCGAUGCAGCAUUGUUCAUUAUGUCUACCAGAAAAUGCUGGGAGGCUCCAUUCAGGCACAGCUCAGGCAGAGAUUGGAGCUGGCUUUUGUGCGUUCUCUUUCCUCAUACUGCCUCUUUCGAAGAGCAAGUCCCUUUGACAGGAGAGUGACGUGUCUGGAAUGGCACCCAACACACCCCAGUACACUAGCUGUCGGUUCCAAAGGUGGAGACAUCAUCCUUUGGGAUUGUGAAGUACUUGCUAAAACCUGCUUCAUAAAGGGGAAAGGGCCAGGAGAUUCUCUCGGAGACAUCAAGUUCAGUCCUUAUGAGGCAGAGAAGCUUUAUGUGGCAUCAGGUGAUGGCACCCUAAGUCUGCAGGAUCUUGAGGGCAGAGCGGUGCAGGUGAUCUCUCGUGCCCUGGACUGUGGCCAUGAGCAUCAUAAUGUUUGUUGCUGGUACUGCAGUGUGGACGUUUCUGCAAGCUGCCGUGCAGUGGUGACAGGUGAUAAUGUGGGCAACGUGGUCCUGCUCAGCACUUCUGGUGAAGAGGUCUGGAAGCUGAAAUUGCACAAGAAGAAAGUGACUCAUGUAGAGUUUAACUCCCGAUGUGAGUGGAUGUUUGCCACAGCAUCUGUGGAUCAGACAGUCAAAAUCUGGGACCUCAGAAACAUCAAAAACAAAACAAACUUUCUUCAUCUGCUUCCACAUGAGAAACCUGUCAAUGCAGCUUACUUCAGCCCAACACAUGGUGCCAAGCUUCUGAGCACAGACCAGCACAAUGAAAUCAGGGUUUACUCAUCUUCAGACUGGACCAAGCCACAGCAUCUGAUUCCACAUCCACAUAGGCAGUUUCAGCACCUCACACCUAUUAAGGCAACGUGGCAUCCUCGCUAUGACCUCAUUGUCGUAGGUCGCUACCCAGACCCCAAGUUCCCCGGGUACACACUGAACGAGCUGCGAACUGUGGAUGUGUUCGAUGGCAACACCGGCGAGAUGGUUUGUCAGCUCUACGAUCCAAAUGCUUCUGGGAUCAUCUCGCUCAAUAAAUUUAACCCUAUGGGAGACACACUGGCUUCUGGCAUGGGCUUUAAUAUUCUGAUCUGGAACCAGGAGGAGAUGGCAGCCAAGAAUCAUGAACAUCUCUUGAAAGCCAUGACAAACGAGGAGAUUGAACCAUGAGAGAACAGGGGAUUGGAAGCUGGAGUUCAUCCAGACGUGGAGGGCAGAGGCAGGCAAACCCUGGCACAAGCAAACUCAAAAGCUAAGUUAAUGUCUGGGGAGCUGUAGGAGAGGAAAACAAAAAGCAGUGAUUCUAAACCACAGGGAAGGAAGUAAAAAGAGAUGGAUCUAGAGAACUGAUUUAGUAUUUUGAUACUUUCUGAAUCCCAGGGUACAAACUCAGCUGUUUGCAAUGGGCAGUAUAAGCCACGCAGGGAAUUAGACUUUGUCCUUCCUCCCUGGAUCUGAUGUUGCUUCCCUGAUCCUCUUGGCCUCUGUUUCUAGAAAAUUGUGUCAAUACUUGGUUCCUCCAAGUGGAGUUACUACUUGUUUUCUGAGGCACUAGAAAAACUUCAAAGAUGUUCCCAGAUCUUGCUAAAGUUGUAGCUUUCAGCCUACCAUAUCUGUUUGUCAUCACUUGUCAGAGGUUCCCAUUUCCUGUAGUCUGCAGUGGAGCAGCUCAUGACAGGGUCCCCAGCCUGUUCUAGUCCAACCAAGUUGAGAAACCAUUUGCUAACAGGAUUGACAUCCUGAAAAGAUAGAAUGUUCACAGGGGUGAAUUCAUAGAUAGCUUGGGUAUCCAAGGAAACACCAAGCUCUCCCAUAUGCAGGCUUGGAAAAUGUGUUGGUCAAGACAUCAGGCUUAGCCUGUUCUCUGCUUGCAGCUAUUUAACUGAACCACAAGGAACAGGAUGCCAGUGUUCUCUAUCACUGAUUGCAAGGACAGUACGGAGCUGGGCACCUACUGAUUCUGUAGUUUCUAUUUUCAGAGUUCUAGGCUGUUUCUUGCCAAUGAUUAGGUAAUUUUUUUCACCUAUGCCUAUGUGCUUCAAAAUGUUUGGUAAGAGUGUUAUAAAACAGAAGUGAGGGAUUUCUUCCAAAUAUCCCUGCUCAGAGCCAAAUUUCAAGACUGUUGUUAAAGGGUUAAGUUUUGCUUUUUCUACUUUGUUUACAAGGCUGUUGCUGUCCCAGAGGUUGAUGGGAUGGGAUGGGCUCCAGGCCUGUGCAGAUUCUCCACAUUCAUGUUUAUAGUUUUGCAAUAUUAAUAUCAAUAAAAUUUUGUACUAAAUUAAAAUUCUUUGA